ACGGUGUUGCUGUGAAUAUCAAUUCCAUUAUUCUCAUAAGUUUGUGGAACUUCAAUUCGGCUCUUCUCCAGAAAGUCAUGAUGGUUCUGAAUUCAGUAAUAUGAGUUUGAUGGUCUUUGAUGGAAAAAAAGUCUGUUAUGCGGAGUCUCACGGGUUGGGGGAUUAUGUUUUUUACGAAACAAUGAGGAUCGAUCUCAAAUUUCCCCUAGAUGUGUCUGGAUUUGUUGGUUCCUGUAACGGGUUGAUUUGUUUAUCCGGCAAUAUGGAGUAUGACAGCAUCUGGUAUCACGAGGAGCCUAAUGAACCUUUGUACAUCUGGAAUCCCAUCACCCGAGAGAUCGUGGCUCUUCCACCAAUUGCCAACAAAAAUUUGGUUAGCCUUGUGCAUGGAUUUGGUUACCAUCCUUUGACUAGGGAGUACAAGGUUGUCAGGAUUUCAUACCGCAGUAAGAGCGAUGAUGCGUUCCCCUACAAAGGAAAGGUAGAGGUAUAUACUGUUGGCAGUGGCAGCGGGUGGAGAAAUGUAUUAAAAAUUGAUUACCUUAUAGAACCUAGUGGUGAAAACAUGAAUAAUUGUGUUAAUGGAGCUCUCCAUUGGCUCAAGUAUGAAACGGGGGAGAUUCUGGCUUUUGAUUUGGAGGCUGAGGAGUUCCACCUGGUUCAUACACCACCAGGUUUGUCCCCUGACAGCAAUAAAGCAUUGUCCUCCAGAGUUUUCGUAAUGAGAGGGUGUUUAUGUCUUGCUUAUGAAUAUGAAUUCUAUGGUGACUUAUGGAUGCUAAAGAAGCAGGAGAAUGCAGUAACUAGUGAUUUUUACAAUGCGAAAGACCAGUACUACAAGUCUCGGAAAUGGAUUAAAGAGAUAGAAAUACCAUAUGAAGAUUUAAAUCACGCCUUGAAGAUUUUUGGCCUCACCAAGGAAGGUUCAGUAAUACUGAAGCACGAUGAUGGUUCUAUGACUCAAUAUCACCCAAAAUUUACUGCAAGGGUUGGUGACUCGGCUUGUAUCCAACUGAUAUCACACAUCAACAGCUUUGUUUCGUUGAAAGCACUGGGAGAAGUAAAUGUUGUGACAUAUAAGGGAGAAGUAAAAGUUGCCACGCCCAUAGGAUCAACAAAAAAAAGUGAUGGUGGUCGGAGGAAGAGAAAUAAGAAGAGAAAGAGAAAGAGAACAAGGGAAGUUUAGCAUCAGAUUUUGAAGAUUACUAUACUUCAUAGAUUUCAUUACAUACUCUGCUCUCUUUAUCUCUUUUCAUUUUUGGGUUUAAUUUAUGAAUCUCUUUCUUGUAGUUAACCUUUUCUUUGUUCUGGCGGGUUGCUUUUUUAUAUCUGAAAUAAGAAGACAUUUUCGGUUUGUUUAUUGAAAUU